CAUAUAAAAAAAAGAAAUAUUAGUUGAACAAACGUUGACGUUUUAAGCCCAUCGGUACGAAAUGCAUACAUGAAUUAUUGCUCUCUGUUUUUGAAUGUGAUCGCCGGAGACGACGACGACUACUAGUACAAAUUCCGCCGUUUGCUAGCGGCGCCGGUUUUUCGACGCGGUUCCACAGUUCUUAUAGCCGAUACCGAUUGAGAAAGAUAAUGGCAGCUUCGGUGGAUUCAUGGACAAAGGAAUGCGACGAAGCAGAACGACUUGCUAAUGAAAUCAGUAAUAUGAUAUCCGAAAGGAGUUCGAUGCCAAAUUCAAGCACAGAAUCACAGCAGCAUUUAUCUGCCAUAAGGGCUAAAAUCGUCAUUUUAGGAACCAUGCUCGAAAGCCUACAACACUCUCUUCCGUCAGCGCUUAACGAAUCUUCGACCGCGGAAGAAAUGAAAAUUCGCAAAGACAUGGUUACUAAAUUGAGGUUAAACGUAAACGAGAUUAAUUAUGCAUUAAACAUGUCGAACUUUGCUAAUCGAGACCGAUCACUCGAGCCGGAUUCUGAUGCCAUAAGCCGAACAAUCGGCCUCGAUAACCAAGGCAUUGUUGAUCUUCAAAGACAAAUCAUGAGAGAACAAGAUGAAGGUCUCGGGAAAUUGGCGGCGACAAUGAUAAGCACAAGGCACAUUGCACUAGCGGUCAACGAAGAGCUUAGUCUUCACACGAGACUAGUUGAUUACACUGCGAACGAGCACGUUGAGGUUACAAACUCCAGACUACAGAGGAAGCUUGCACUGUUGAACAAGCGGAACACGGAUCGAUGCUCGUGCCCGUGCCUCGUUUUAUCGGUUAUAGGGAUUAUUGUUUUGAUUGCCAUUGUAUAUAUUAUGAAAAAAUACUUGUGAUUUUAUGAUAAAUAUGUAUGCAUUAUUAAAAGUUAGAACUUCCUAUUGUAUUUAUUUUCUUGGUUAAUGUAAUUAUAAUGUUGUUAAACGAAGAGGAAUUUUUUUUU